CUCAAAGCACGACCUAUCCUCUCCGUCUCCUCCGCCGCAGUUUCAGGAGCGCAGAGAGAGAGAGACCAAACCUCGGAGACAUAGACAUACCGAUAACGGGAGAGAGAGAGAGAACGAAGGUUGUAUCUCAAUGGAAUCCGGAUCCACGGGCGGUGCCGCCGACGAUCGGCAAUCGACCGAAUCGUCGUCCCCGGCGGAGGCCGUUUCCCGGCUGAAUCACGCCGUGUUGCAGCGGUACCAGUAUCUUCUCGACAAGACGGUCCCUCACAUUCUCUACCGUUGGAUCGCGUGCCUCGUGAUUGUCUUCAUCUACGCCCUCCGCGUCUACUUCGUCGAAGGGUUCUACAUCAUCACCUACGCCAUCGGCAUCUACCUUCUCAACCUCAUCAUCGCUUUCCUCUCGCCUCAGGAAGAUCCCGAGACGUCGCUCGAUGGCCCGUCUCUUCCCACUCGCGGAUCCGAUGAGUUCCGUCCCUUCGUCCGCCGUCUCCCGGAGUUUAAGUUCUGGUGGUCUAUCACUCGGGCUUUUCUCAUCGGGUUUGUGAUGACGUUCUUCGACGUCUUUGAUGUGCCUGUUUUCUGGCCAGUACUUCUUUUCUACUGGGUGAUGCUCUUUAUCGCCACGAUGCGGAAACAGAUACAACAUAUGAUCAGAUACAGAUACGUGCCUUUCUCUUUCGGGAAACAGCGAUACGGCAAGAAGGCACCUUCAACCGAGAGCACAGACUGACCCACCCGAGGAAGCAUUCGUUCAGGUCAGUGGUUGAUGAUCCGAACCUACUUACCGCACGCUGAUUUUGCCCCCCGUCAGCUUAUUUAGGAAACGAAAAAUCGAUCCAAGAGGAAUUCGGUAGUUUGAGCCAGGUGGAUUUUCAGGGUUUCGCUUGUUAAUUCUGGAUAUUUACUGGUUCUGCCUGAACAAUGUAUUGUUGUAUUCACAUUUUGACAAUGAAUAAAAUGGUUUCAGUGUAUC